ACGGUAGCGAUACAAUAUUCACUACACCCAUCGCCAGACAUGCCUAUCUUCAGUCGAAGUACACAGAUGUUUAUUUUUACCAAUUUUCAUACAAGGGAAAGCUAGGACAAAUGGAAAUUACAUAUAAGGGAGCUGAAGGAGUAGGACACGCAGAAGAGUUGAAAUAUCUGUUCCGGGACUCAUCAAAUGCUGACUUGAAUGAGUUUCCCCAGGAAGAUGUGAAGACCCAUCAACGCAUGAUUGAUUUGUGGACACAGUUCAUCAAAUACAUGAAUCCUACCAAGAAUCCAAGUGAACUUACCAACAAUCUGUCGUGGCCGAAGGUGACUCAAGAAAAUUUUGCAUAUUUGGACAUCAACUCAGAUUUGACAGUGGCAGUUGGGCCCAAGAAGUACAAGGAUUUCAGUGAAAUAUACGCUGAAUAUGCUGAUGAGAAAUUGGAUACCUACUAGGAUAUUCCAUAUGUUUUAUUUGAAAUGUAUACUUUCGUCUAAUUAUAUUGCUUUAACGUCAAAUCGAAUAAAUAAGCAGCAAUUGAACUCAA